CCUCCUCCUCUUCAUCAUCUCCCAAUCCUGAUCCCAUGCUCCUGUACCCAAGAUCACGGUUCGCCCUAGCCCUCCGCUCUCCCGUUGGGAUUACGGCACGCCCCGCCCCCGUCCCAGUCAUCGCGUUCGCUGUGCGCCAUGUCUCCUCAGCCCUCGAUGUGAACACCUCCGGCGCCCAAGCCGAGCCCACUCCCAAGGGCGUAAAGCUCACCGCACACCAGCAGUACCACGCGGCGCGGCUCACGCCCGCCUCGCUGCCGGCGGACCCGCUCGUCCUCUUCCGCACAUGGCUCGAGGAGGCGCUGACAGCCGUCCGCGAGCCGGAAGCCAUGACGCUGUGCACCUCCACGCCAUCCGGCGUGCCCUCGGCUCGCGCCGUCCUUCUGAAGGAGGUGGACGAACGCGGCUUUCUGUUCUUCACGAACUACGCCUCCCGCAAGGCCCGCGAGCUCGCCGCGAACCCCCACGCCGCGCUCGCCAUGCACUGGCGCGAGCUUGCGCGGCAGGUCCGCGUCGUGGGCGCCGUCGAAAAGGUGUCGCGCGAAGACAGUGAAGCGUACUUUGCCACGAGGCCGCGUGGGAGCCAGCUCGGUGCGUGGGCGAGCGCACAGUCGUCUGUCGUAGGCGAGGGCGAGCUUGAGAAAGCCGUGCAGGAGGUGGAGAAGCGUUUUGCGGACGCCGACGUCCCCUGUCCCCCGGGGUGGGGAGGAUAUCGUGUCGUGCCGACCGAGAUUGAGUUCUGGGCUGGUCAGCCUAGCCGGCUCCAUGACCGCUUUGUGUACCUUCGCGAAGCCGAGGGGCGGCCGUGGCGUGUGGAGCGGCGCGCACCGUAGUGCUGCGUGCGGACAUAUCUCUGUGCGGUUCACAGGCGAGGGCGGCAGAGCGGCGAAGGGCGGCGGGCGGCAUGCGGCAUGCGGCAAGCAUAGCAUUGCGGAUCAGUAGCAUGGAUCAGAAGGACAAGGAGCACGGCAUGCAGUGCAUAAUCUUCAAGACGGCAUAGCACCCGGGACAGGAUCGGAACCGGCACACCACUCUCCCGGGUCUGUGGGAUGGGAAACCUGCCACUCUGGGCGGGAUGAGGGACAACUGCC